AUGGCCUCACUGCAGAGUGUUGAUCAAGAGGUGCCAACGUGGAUAGACGCAGCUUCGGAGGAGUCGUCUAUCGGUGUGAAGGUCAAGCUGAGGGUGACGACAGGACAGGCAGGCGCGCUCGGACACGAUGGCGCGCGCGCCAAGCCCAACGCGAGCCCUGGAGCACCGCGACUUCCUUUGUUGUAG